GACAAUCAUUUGCUUUAAUCCAUAGCUUGCUGAUGAAGAAACACGCUCACUAGCCGAAGGUUUUAUUUACGCAGCACUUCGAGGAUGUCCAAGUCGCAAGAGCCCCAGGCCAGGCUUGCGACGGGCAGCAGGCUGCCGACUGGAGCCAGUGAACGACUCCAAACUGGGGCUUCGGAGCGACUCGCGACGGGUUCCUCAUCCACAACCAGCUCAAGCCGCCCGCUCACAAAUGCGACUCCAGCGCCGCUGGUGCCGACAUUGCCUCCUAUUGUCGAACACUACUACGGUUUCGCGAACAGCUACGUCGACGACAUGAAGCACACGGGCGUGCGCAAGACGCAGAGCGAUAUAAACAAACGGCUAGGCUACUUCACAACGCCAGGAGAGCCUCGGCUCAUAGGGUCGUUCGGCUACACGAGCCCUAGCUACACCGACCUCAAGCCAGCGGCGCCCGCGGCACGCGUCGCCACCAAGCCUCACGGCCUCACCACCGCGGGGGUGACCCUGCGACCCAUCAAGGGCGGCAGCGCAGGUGCCACCCGCUCCAUGCUGUCGGAGCGGGACAUUGAGUUUCUGCGUGAGCGCGACGCCGACAACCAGCAGGUGUUCGAGGUGUGGAGCCAGCGCAAGCAGCUGGAGCUGCAGCUGGAGAAGGAGGAGGCGGAGCGGCGGCGAGCCGAUGCGGACGCGCGCUUUGAAGCUCGCGAGCAGGCCAUCCAGGAGGUCAACAGCAGCGCCAUGAAACAGUGGACGCAGAAGAAGGUGAAGCAGCAGCGGGCGGACGCGGAGGACUCCUACCUGCGCCAAAUCAAGCUGCGGGCUCUGGCAGCCUACCAGGCACGGAUAAAUAAUGCCUACGAGGCCAAGAGCAAGAAGCGCGAGCAGGGCUUCGAGGUGCGCACGGACGUGGGCGUGCUGCCGCCCUCGUUUGAGGGCUUCACGCACAAGCCGCAGCGCGGCCUGGCGGGCGAGCGGAGCAACAAGUCGCUGAGCAGCCGCUCGCCGGGCAAGGAAAAGUCAACUGCAAGCUACCGGUCUGGGGGCGAGGCCGAGGAGGAGGCGAGCAUCAUGGCGCUCAUGGGCGGGCGGCACCCCAUUCCCAACCACUCCAGCCGCCGCGCCGUCAGCGAGACGCACCCGCCGGGCCACGGCCUGGCGGCGCUGGGGGGCGGCGCCGGCAGCAACAGCGGCAUGGCGGCAGAGCCCAGCUUCGCAUCCGUGGCUCGUGCCGGUGGUGGCGGCUCGCGUUCAGGCAGCCCCAAGACGCUGCCGCCGCUUGCAGGGCACCCGUUCGGCGCCCAGUCCGGUCAGCAUGCUGACGUGGCGCCGGUUGCCGAGGACAGCUCGGAGGGGGCGCAGGCCGCGGGCCGCAGCGUCAGCCGCAGCAGCAGUACCGUCCCGGUGGCUGUGGUGCCACCAGCCCUCGAGAGCGCGUACGCGCCAAAGCCAGGCGAACGAGAGUCGGGCUCGGCGGACGGUGGUGGCUACAGCGAAAGCACCGGUGAAGCUGGUGAUGAGGACGACCGAUCGGCGGCGCGCGCCACCCGCGGUGUUCCCCCCGGAGGGGACGCGGGAAGCGACGCAGGGCCUGUGCUGCACGCGGGCGCGGGGCUGAUGGCAGCAUAUGGCGGAGCGCCACGUGCGCAGCACAACACGUUGACGUUGGAGGCGGAGCCAAGCCAGGCAAGCAGCGCACCGGCGCCAGCGUCGGGUGCCGCCUCCCGGCAGGAAAGCCUUGUCUCGGCACCUGCGGCGGCGUCCCGGCAGGAGAGCCUGGCGUCAGCACCAGGGGCCGCGUCUCGACAGGAAAGCCUAGCUUCAGCAGCCCCGGCCGGGCCAGCGCCGCCGUCUCGGGCAGCAAGCAUGGCUGCCAGCAGUGCGGCGCCUGGGGCUGCUUCCCGGCAGGAGAGCUUGGCAUCGGUAUCUGCACCUGCGGCCGCAUCCCGGCAGGAGAGCUUGGCGUCGGUGUCGGCACCUGCGCCUGCGUCCCGCCAGGAGAGCCUAGCAUCGGCAUCAGCACUUGCGGGCGCGUCCCGGCAGGAGAGCCUAGCAUCGGCAUCAGCACCUGUCGCAGCGUCCCGGCAGGAGAGCCUAACGCAAGCAUCAGGGUCCGCAUCCCGGCAGGAGAGCCUAGCGCAAGCGUCCGGGGCCGCGUCCAGGCAGGAGAGUUUGAAAGCAGGAGGGCUGGAGCAGGCACAAGAGCCGGAGCCAGCGCAGCAGUCUGACGAGGCUGUGGGGCCGGGCGGGCCUGCACCCCCGUCCCGGUCGGCCAGCCAAGCGGCCAGCCGCGCCGACCCCGCGUCGCGACAAGCAAGCAUGUCCGCCACAUCCGGGCCCGGCGCGCCGUCACGACAGGAGAGCGUCGCCGCGUCUGCGGCUGGCCCAGGUCCGGCCUCUCGGCAAGCUAGCAUGUCCGCCUCCGCGGGUGCAGGGCCGGGGGCGCCGUCUCGGCAGGAGUCUUCAGCAGCCGGGGCUUCCGAUGCCGCUGCUGUCCCGGCGGAAGCACGCGCAGCCGAGGCUCCUUCUGCUCCCGAGCAGCCGUCUCCCAGCAGCACUGCCCACGGCGGCGAGAUCUCUCUCGCGCCCUCGGCCAUCAACUCUAUGGCAGCGCCGCCGCCCAACCUGGCAGCGCAGCUAGCGGCGGCUGAAGACCUCGAAGAGGAGGAGGCGUUCGCCGAGGCGCCGGAGGCGCCAGCCAGCGACGCAGGCAUCGCGGGAGCCGAUGCCGAAGCGGAAGAUGCGGGGGCGGAGGUGGAGGCCGGGGCGGGAUACGGGGGUGCGGAGCCGGAGGAUGAUGACGACCUGGGCUCGGAGCCGCCACUUCCGAGGUGGGACGACGACGAUGACGCGGACGAGGUGCUGGCGGCGGUUGCGGCGGCGCAGGGCCAGGGUUUGGAGGUGCACUAGUUAUUUGACGGCGGAAUGUCUUUGGUGGGCUAGUCGGGCGGGGCACUCAGGAGGCAAGAUUGACACGCGUUGUUACAUUGCCACAAUGCACUGAAUGUGGAGUUUGCCAUGAAGGUAGGCGUCACCAGCUUGAGGUAGUAUGCAUUCAUCCCCAUCGCGGUACAAGUAACUGGAACUAAGAGCAGAGACGGUCUCUCCGCAAUAGCUUGGAUGGCCAUCGUACAGUGUAACGCUCCAAUGCG